AUGGAGAUUUUCCGGUUUCUUCUUCUUCUUCUGCUCCUCCCACUUUCUCUCUCCACCGCUGCCGACGUCGACAGUGACACCGCCGCAUUAUCUCUUUUCCGAUCACAAACCGACACCCAUGGCAUCCUCCUUUCCAACUGGACUCUCUCUUCCAUCACUCACUCCACCGCCUGCUCUGUUGCCUGGACCGGCGUUCAAUGCACCAACAACCGUGUCACCGCCGUAUUCCUCCCUUCCCUCGACCUCCGUGGCCCUCUUGAUUCUCUCUCUUCUCUCGACCAACUCCGCAUUCUCGAUCUCCGCCAUAACCGCCUUAACGGCUCUCUUUUACCCCUCGCCAAUUGCACCAACCUCAAACUCCUGUAUCUCCCCGGCAACGAUUUAUCAGGUUCUAUACCGACGGAAUUAUCGUCUCUCACUCGUCUUCUACGGGUAGACCUCUCCGAUAACAAUCUCAGAGGUCCGAUUCCCGAUGGAAUCUCGAAUUUAACUCGUCUUCUGACACUCCGCCUCGAGAACAAUGAGAUUUCCGGUGAAAUCCCUCAGUCUCUCUCUUCGCUUUCGCAAAUCAAACAAUUAAAUCUGUCGAACAAUGAGUUGUACGGUCAUUUGCCGGAAAAUAUUGCUCAAAAGUUUGGCGACGAGAGCUUUUCCGGCAACAAAGGACUUUGUGGAUCAAGUCCGUUGCCUGCUUGUUCGGCAGCUACGCCUCCACCGACGGUAGAAUCAAACCCUAGCUCGUUACCUACUACAACAAUUAUCGACGAGACGAAGAAACCAACACAUAAAGGACUACAUCCAGGAGUCAUCGUAGCCAUCGUGAUCGCGAAUUCAGUAAUGUUACUAGUGAUCGCUUCUUUUCUAAUAGCGUAUUACUGUGGAAAGAGAUCUACGAGCUCAAACUCAAAAUUGGGUUCUGAGAUUGGCAAAAGCAGGAGCAGCUACGGCAGCGAAAGCAGAGUGUAUGCCAACAACGGCGGUGGUGGAGGAGACAGUGAUGGAAACAACAAACUGGUGUUUUUCGAUAAGAAGAAGAAGUUCGAAUUGGAGGAUUUAUUGCGAGCGUCGGCAGAAAUGCUUGGGAAAGGAGGUUUGGGGACGGUAUAUAGGGCGGUGCUGGACGACGGUUGCACGGUGGUGGCGGUGAAACGGCUGAAGGAUGCAAAUCCUUGUGGUAGGAAGGAAUUUGAGCAGUAUAUGGAUGUGAUUGGGAAGCUUAAACACCCAAAUGUAGUGAAAUUGAGAGCUUAUUAUUAUGCCAAAGAAGAAAAGCUUCUUGUCUACGAUUAUCUCCCUAAUGGAAGCCUGCAUUUACUCCUCCAUGGAAAUAGGGGUCCGGGAAGAAUUCCGUUAGACUGGACGACUAGAAUCAGCCUGGUGCUAGGGGCGGCAAGAGGGCUAGCCCGGAUCCACGAACAAUACAAGGCUUCAAGAAUUCCGCACGGAAACGUGAAAUCAUCGAACGUGUUACUCGACAAGAACGGAGUCGCUUGCAUUUCUGAUUUCGGGUUAUCAUUGCUUUUGAAUCCGGCUCACGCCACUGCUAGAUUAGGAGGGUACAAGGCACCCGAGCAAUUCGAAACCAAAAGACUCUCUCAAAAAGCAGAUGUUUACAGUUUCGGGAUUUUGUUACUGGAAAUGCUGACGGGUAGAGCUCCGUCGCAAUACCCGUCACCUUCUCGUGUGGGUGUCGAGGAAGAGGAACAAGCGGUGGAUUUACCUAAAUGGGUUCGGUCGGUGGUGAGAGACGAAUGGACAGCCGAAGUGUUUGAUCAAGAGCUACUAAGGUACAAGAACAUCGAAGAGGAGCUCGUUUCGAUGCUCCACGUUGCAAUGACCUGUGUGGCAGCACAUCCCGAUAAGCGGCCAACGAUGGCGGAAGUAGUGAAGAUGAUCGAAGAGAUGAGGGUGGAGCAGUCACCGUUAGGGGAGGAUUACGACGAGUCGCGUAAUUCGUUGUCGCCUUCGGUCGCGACAACGGAAGAUUGAACGAUAGUAGGAUGGUUCUUCCAUCUAGUUUAUCAAGUGUUUGAUUAUGCCUUUUUUUCCCAUUUUGUGGUUGGUUUGCGGCAUUUGUUAUGUAUUUGUGAUUAUUAGUAUUCGUAAUGUAAUUCUGAAUUAAUUGGAGGCUAAUGUUUCGUGUA